UCAAAGUUUGAGCACCUUAGGAGUUUCGGCAGUUCUCAGUACAAACUACAGAAAAACACACGUGUGACAACGAUUAUCCCCAAAAAACAAAAUACACCCCAAACGACGAACGGAACUUAAUUUGAAAACCGACAAAGGAUACGCUCACAGGAUGUCGGAGGCUGGAGAACGCUCUGAUGAAGAGUCCUAUGCAGAGGAGUCCUUCGAGGAGGACUCGCAGUCUGAGGUGGAUGAUCAGGAGGAGGAGGAGGUGGAGGAAGAAGAGGCUGCGAAUGUUGAGAUAGAGGAGUCAAAUCCAAGUGAGGCUCUCCUGGAGGAGAGCGACACCCAAAGCGAAAGCGAUGCGGAAGCCGAGUUUCUUCGCGGCAACCCACACGCUCGUCGCCAGUUGGCCCCCCGAAUGGUGUCCUACCUGAGUUCCUCCUCAGAGGACGAAAGCCAAGUGGUCAUCACCAAAACGGUAGCCGAGGUAAAUCAACUAAGUCUGCGAAUGGACACGCCUAUGGAGGAUGAGACGCCCUCGGUGCGCACUCUUAUGCCAGGCAGUGCCCAUUCCCGGGUUAAGGAUGAGGACGAGGAUGAGGACGAGGACGAUGAUGAGGACGAGGAUGAUGACGAGGAUGCUGAAGUCGAAGAAGUCGAAGAGGAGGAGGAAGAAAUUCCAGGAGACGAAGACGACGCCCAAAGCGAUGGAUCCAUGGGUCGUCAGUCCGCCGAGGACAACGAUGAGGACGAGGGCACGGAUGUUGAAGUGGAGCAACUGGAGGAGGAUGAACCAAUUGUAACAGCUGUGUGCAAAAAGCUGGUCCAGGAAAAGGUUCCGCUGCACCAGGAGGACAUUGUUUCGUUGGUGGAUGCCAGUGACAACAGCAGUGAGCACAGUGUGGCCACCAUGUGUGUAGCAGGAGACGAAACGGAUAUCACCUUGGCGGAGUCUCCUAGAUUACGAAAGCACCAACCAGUUACUGCAAAGGAGCCGGAAUCGCUAAAAGAGGAGGAAGAACCGGAAGUGGAUCAAAUGGAGGAACCCAUGGAAAACCUUAAUGAACUUUUAAAUAGUUGUGAUUCGUUGCCAACAGCACAGCCCGAUCUAGCGAGGGUUCGGUACCUGGAGCAGCAAAUGACCCAGAUGUCGGAGAUGAUCAUGAAGUCGUUCCAGAUCAAUGGAGGAGCACCAAAUAGCCAAGCCUUCGAGCAGCUUGCCAUGGCCACGGAGAUGAUGCAGCAACGUAGUAGCAGACGCGAGGACACUGAAUCCGAGAUGGCAUCGAUGACGGAAUCGAUUAUGACCAGUGCCAGAAGCUUGGGUGGAGGAGUUCCCCCCAUGAGAAUGCGGAUGCAGCGUUCUCAGGAAGCGCUUGUCACGACGCGACCUUCCAAGCUACUCAGACCCAAAUGCAGAUGUCCCUCGGAAUCGGAUUUAAUCGAACACGAGCAGGAACUGGAGAUGGGUCAGGAGUUGCCCCAUGGACUGACACCGGACGUCGGCUUGGGCAUGGGAAUGGGAAUGGGCAUGGGCGAAGGCUACCUCGUGGACGAAUGCGGCCAGGGCGACGGACUCAUGAGACAUCCACAACAGCGCAAACCGCCGGAGUUCCACAGGCGAGCGGUUAGCGGAACUCCAAGCAGCUUGAACAGCGAUGGUUGCGAGUAUCAAAUCAAUGUGUCGCGUUCCCGCUGCUCUAAUGAUAAGAUGAACUAUAAAAACCUUGGGCGCAAGAGCUACAGUUUUACGAAUCCCCAAGUGCGCGAGAUCGAGCGCCAGAAUCAGAUUCUUCUGCGCAAGAUGAUGACUGUGAAGCCCACGGCGACAAUCAAGGCGAGCACCAGCAGCAUUAAGAUCAAUGGCCCGGAGAAGCGACAGCCACCUCCAGCGCCACGUCUCUCCAGCGCUGCUGUUAACCGGAAGAAGUAUCAGCGCCAGAUCGACCUGGACAACGAUCUGCUGAAGCGGAAAUUGGAGGCCAUCGGCACCCGGCGACCGCAAUUCAAGUGAGGCCUCCACGGGCAGCUCCAACUGUGUUCAUUAAGUGUUUAAAAGUGUUUAAUGCGAAUUUACAAAAUUAAAAUUUAUUGCAAGUUGAAAAAUGUAGAGAACUAUA